GUGCUACAUAAAGAACCCCCAAGGUUGGAUGGAUCAUCCAAGCCCUGGGCAGGACACUAGAAGACGCCAAACGGGCAAAGCUUCCGCAGGCGGUGAGGGGGGGAACCUAGAAGUAGUACAUCACCAGAUGGAUUCGCCCACCUUUACAACUUCUUUCCCACUACCAAACCCAGCGAAUUCUCUGAAACCGUCUUAUUAAGCCCCCAUUACCCCCAUAUAUUACACGAAACUUUACUAGAAGCUUUAAACCCUUGGCCCAACAUGUCCCAUAACCGACAAGCCCUGCCGCAAGCCUCAACACCCAAUUCUCGGGUCUCAUCCGUCACCCGAGUAGAAGAAAGACCGCGCAUUUCUGGAACCCUCAGGCUAAGAGCAGAAGAUGCACCGCCACCCCCCGUAAGCCAGGAUGAGGCACCCUCGCGGCGCAUCCGAUGGAGCGAGGACGUUAUCGAUAACGAAGGCAUGGGCAAGAAGAGCUCCAAAGUAUGCUGUAUCUACCACAAAGCCCGACCGGUUGGCGAAAGCAGUUCCGAAGAGUCUUCUUCUUCAUCCUCGGAUUCCGACUCCGACUCCGACUCGCAUAGUGACCGUCCCACAAGCAGAAGAAAGUGCCAGCACGCCCAUAAUCAAAACGGAGAGCAUCCGCAUGACUCUUCGCAAGGAUCUCCUGAGAGAGGCCGAGUGGUGGAAGGUUGUUCGCGAAAUCACGAGACCCGGAAAACGAAACGGAGAAAGCCUAGUCCGAACGCGUAUGAGAAAAUGCCCAAGAAUAAAUGA